UAAUGUUCUCGGUCCCGGGCUGUAGGUGGCGGUAAUCACUUAUGCAGUUGCUUCUCAACCCGUUAUUAAAGCCAUAGAAGAAGAAGAUUCGGCGAUGGAAAUGUUGCUUAUCUUUCAGCAAGACAACAAUAAAAGUAACUUUCCUGAAUGCCAAUAACUGUUCUGGUUCAGCCAUUGGAAGGAUUCACGUCCAGUCUCAAGAACAAUUACUACAGCUGAAUGAGAGCUUUAAAUCUGUGCAUCAAAAGUCUAAAACUUUGUUAAAAUGGAGCAAGGUUUGCCAUCUGAAAAAGCAGUUUCACAGGAUGGAUGCCUAAAAAGUGAAAAUGAAUUGGAAACAGACUUCAUUCAGUCAGAAAUACAAGUUAAAGUGGAACCUGAUCAAGAUGAUUCUUCAUUUCUUGAUGUGAAUGAACUAGAAACGUUUCCUCGUUUUAAUGGGCAUAUUAAGGAGGAGAUUUUGGACCUUGGUCUGCAGAUCUUACCAGAUGGCCUAAUGCCUCCAGUUGAGAUGGAAGAAGACCUUGAAAUCGCAACAAACUCGCACACUUCUCCAGAUGAACCAGACAGAAGAACUGGUUCAUUAAGCAAAAGAAAGAGAAUAAAUAAAAGAAAAGCAACUAAUGCGUCAAGCCAUACAAUAAGAUGUCCGACAAAGCAGAUUUUGUCCAUGGUGCACAGAAAGGCUGAGGUUACAGCUCCAUUAACAGAAGAAUAUGAAUCUAUUGCUGCCCCUGAUUUAGAAUCGGAGAUUUCUGAUAGUGAUGGCCCAGAAAGCAGCAGCGUCCCAGAUGUGACAGAGGGUCAGAAAACUGUCCUCACAGACUUUGAGUUCUCAUCUGAGGAAUCCUGUGGUGAGGAGAGUGAAGAUCUCUCGAGUCGAUGGAGCAAAGGAGACUCUUACUGGAGCAAAUAUCCUCCUCAAAGUGAGACUAGGACCUUCUCGCAGAGCUGUCAAGGGCCUGCACUUGAAUCACUACUGGUGACACCUAAAGAUGCUUGGGAGCUUUUCAUAAGUGAAAACAUCAUUGAUGAAAUCCUGCAGUGCACCAACUUGGGUGGACAGAGAGCAGCAUCAGCAAAAGGAAAAGUGUGGCAAAAGGUCACUAAGGAAGAGCUAAAUGCCUUUAUUGGUCUAAGCCUCCUCAUUGGUUUAGAGAGAAAUGGUGAUGUCCCAAUACGGGAACUGUUUAUGGAUCCGUUACAGAACCCAAUUUAUAGAGCUACCAUGUCUGUUGGAAGAUAUCAAGACCUUCACGGAUGCCUGCAAUUUGAUGACAGGAAAACCAGAGUGCAAAGAGAGGCAUCAGACCACAUGGCUGCCUUCCGAAAUGUGUGGGACCUGUUCCUGAUCAACUGUAGGAAAAGGUUCAUCCCCAGGGAUUGUGUCACUGUGGGUGAGCAGCUCGUGCCAUUCCAUGGAAGAUGCAAGUUUCUGCAACACAUGCCAAGCCUCCCAACCAAGUAUGGCAUAAAAAUCUUUUGGAUGUGCAAUGCCGAGGUCCCCUACGCCAUUGAUGCUGUCGUCUACACAGGCAAACAGCCAGCAGAGGAGACUGAAGAAAACCUUGCAGAGAACACAGUUCUGAGGUUGUCCGAUGGACUUCAGCAAAAAGGUCUCAACAUUACAAUGGACAGCUACUUCACCAGUGUCCCUCUGGCAGAGAAUCUGUUUGAGAAAAACUUGACCAUGGUUGGGACCCUUGACCAUAAGAAUCCACACGUGCCACCGAUUAUGAAGCCAUCCAAGUUACGAGCGUUACAUACCUCUGAGUUUGGUUUUUGUGGCAAUGUGUCCAUGGUGAGCUACGUACCAAAAAGAAAAAAGGCGGAGAUUCUUUUAAGUACGUUGCAUACCAGCAGAGCACUGAAUGAAACAAGUGCUAAAAACAAGCCAGAGGUUUUCCAGUACUACAACCGCACCAAAGGAGGAGUCAACAAUGUUCAGCAAAUGGCCAACAUUUACACCUGCAAGCGCCGCACAAAGAGGUGGCCCAUGGUGCUGUGGUAUAACAUGUUGAAUAUUGCCAUUGUAAACUCCUACUCUGUUUUCAAUGCUCAGCACCCUAGCUUCAUGGGAGGUGGUCAUAACACCCAGCGGAUGUUCAUAAAAGAGCUGGUGAAAGAGCUUGUAGUGCCUCAGAUUCAUAGGCGCAGAGAAGAAAGCCCUGGAUUAUCCAAGAACAUCCUCGAGGCCAUGGGGAGGUGUGGGGUACCAACAUCACUGUCAGCUGUCACUUCUGAAAUCCAAGAACAGAGCUGUCAGAACAAAAGAAGAAAGAGAUGUUACUACUGUCGAGCUGCAAGAGACAGAAAAGUGAACACCUACUGUUGUGAAUGCAGUAAACCUGUCUGCAGAGAACACAGUCACAUUGUAGUGAUUUGCUACCAGUGCAUGCGUUAAGUUUCAAUACAUCUAUUAUGUAUUGAUAAUGACUGUACUUCUGACAAGUUACAUUUCUAAAAGAUUUUUUUUUAAGUAAUUUUGUUUAGAAGAUUCAAUGUGUGAUCUGUAAAAUGGGGACUUUAAUCUUUAAUAAAUGAUCUGUAAUU